ACCCGCUGUUAGUGCUGUUGCCCCGCCAGUUCGUGAACAACCGGAGAGCAGACAUGCACAGCCGUCAAUGGACGUAGGACCCUUCCUAGGUUUAUCCCGAGUUUACGGAAUUGCACUGCGUUAUGACAGCGAGCAUGUUUAAAACCCAACCUGUCUUUGUUAACUGAGACACAGAAAUCACAGAAGCGUUAUCAGAAAAUCAGUUGAAUACACAUAGUUGAGACAGCCAGACCAGCCAGACUGUCUGACAGUCAGCGUGUGGGAAUGGCAGCUCCCCGGCCGAUAAAAGGCAUCCUGAAAAACAAGAACAGCGGGACAAAUGUCAAAUCGCUGCCCGACGACGUACAGGCAGAGAUUUCUGAACAAGCCCCCGGACUCUCGGAGGAUGACCAACAGAAGAAAUCCCAAAAAUGGGAUGAGAUGAACAUCCUGGCUACAUACCAUCCAGCUGACAAAGACUAUGGACUGAUGAAGAUAGAUGAACCCAGCACACCUUACAACAGGAUGGUCGGGGAUGAAGAAGAUGAGGGUGCGCUGAGUGACUCGGACAGCCACGGUGGACUCCCAGCUGAUGACCUGGCAUCAAAGCUGGCGGCAGCGGAGGGCGCCGAGCCUCGCUUCAUGAAGGAAGAAGAAGAAGAAGAGGAAGAAGAGAGUAGCGAGGAGGAGGAAGAGGAGCUGAGUCCUGAAGAACAAGCCAAAAAGAAGCAUUUUCAGAUGAUGAGGAAGAUGCACUACAAUGAAGGCAUGAACAUCAAGCUGGCACGCCAGCUCAUUGCCAGCGAGCUUGAAGACGACGAAGAUGCCGACGAAGAGAUGAGGGACGACACAGAAGAGACGGAGGAGAUAAACGUCGACCCGCCACAGGAAGCUGAUUCUCUGGACUCGUAGAUGAGGCGUCUCUCCCGGCUUCAGCCCCGUGUGUCGGCUCGACAUCCAGAAAGACAAUGCCGCUGCACUCUGUGUUUCCAGACGGACGAUGCCACUGCGCUGUGGCCAUACAGCAGACACCCGCUUCACCACCCACAUAAUCACCUUCGACAGCCAAUAACCUCCCGGUCACCUGUCUGUCUCUACUGUUCCUUAGAGCUGUGCAGUAUAACCUUCAAACACGCCGGUUUUUAACUCCCAGCAUCAGUAGACACAAGCGAAGACUGUUGCUCCCUCCCCCUUUCUUCUCCUCCUCCUCCCUCCUCCCUCCUCCCUCUCCUGUUGCCAAGAAUUUCCUCCUCCCACCUCCUCUGAACUGGUGUCGCACUGAAGAUAAUAUAUGAUUCUGACCCUGGAAAAGGAGGAUCAAGGCCUUUUUUUUUUUUAUAAAAACAAAAAAAGAAAAAACAACAACAACAACAAACUGCUGGAUAACCAGGACUCUCAUCUGGCUGCUGCACAGUCCCCAGACCACAGAGCCAGCACGUCAGUCCUGGUGGGAGCCAGGGGAAACCCCACAGCCUCACUAAAGGCAUAUCUGAGACAUGACGACGGCGCUUAUAGUCUGUGCACUUCAGACGGCUUUUUUAUUUUUGUUUCGCUUUGUGAUCCACCGCUCUGUCGCAUUUUCCUCUUCUCCUUUAAGUACUUUUUGUGAUAAAGGUCGGACACCGUGAUGACCGGUCGGGUUGUUGUCUUUUUGUUUUUGUCCCUUUGGCUUUACCUGGUAAUUCAGGUAAGCUGUUUAUGUGGUCAUGAUGAUGCAGGAGCUUAUUAUAUCUUAGUAUAAUAGUACAAGACAACGUAACGACAUAAUAGUAAUGUCAUUAAUAAAAAAAAAAAAAAUUCCAAAUUCGACACACGCCCAACAGCACAUACACAUGUAUACUGUGAUGUCUCAUUCUUGCAGCUAGUUGUGUAUUUUCUGGCUUAAGAUCAAGUGAAACAUUGGUUGUAAGUGUUAUAUUGGAACUUUGCCCCCGGACGUCUUAAUUCACGUUCUCUCUUAACAGGCAAGAACAACACAUAAAACCUCAUUUCAGAUCCUGGCAGUUUUAAAAACAUGUAUACCUCAUGAACCCAAACUGUAGGCUGCCCCCCCCCCACCUCCAAAUUGAAUCCACUGAUAAAUUUGGCAUAUGAGUGGCCUACCAAGAGAUGUUUUUCUUUUUCCAGUAACAACCCAGCAUUUAAUCUGAUUUGCAGUUCCUGCUCCUGCACGAGUCUCUUUUGUAGAAGAUCACAGGGCAGUUUUCAUAACAUGGAGUCGUUCUUCUGGCCCCUGUGUUUGUCCUGACCACAGCAGUAAGGUAAUAGAAAUUGGCUCUUUAUAACACUUUAUGAUUUUAUGAUUGUAGUAGUGGGACAGUAUUGAAGUCCCCGCCUCUGAGGCGUAGUGCGUGCUACUGAUGAACAGGACAACGUUCUGUGUUUAACAAACUACAGCUUUCAGCACCGGGCUCUGAUGUAGAUCUGACAGUGAAGAAACCAGCGCUCGCUGUGCUCUCGCUUAAAUGACUUUGUGUGUGUGUUUAACCUGUCAAUGCGUGGGAACUUCACCAGGAAGGUACUAUCUUCUGGUUUGUGUUUUCCCCCUUCAUCACACUUAAUUUAACGUUGUCUGAUCUACUCAAGUGUCCUGUACGACGCAGCUUGGGGAUGUCACAGAAAGAGUAUUUAAUGAUGCUACUGACUUUAUUUAAAGCAGAUGUUGGCGGUGGGAGAGUCGAACCACAAAGAGGUGGAGGUGUUUCGAGGAUUUUAUUUUGUUUUUUUUUUGUUUUUUUUUUAAAUUGUUGUGACUGUGGUACAUUUCAAGUAUCAAGAAAGUUUUAGUUUUAAAUAUUCAUUGCAUUUGACAAAAGAAGUGAUGGGGCCGGGGCUGGGAGGGGGGUGGGGUGACAAUGAUCCUGGUGUGACAGGAAUUGCACUCUUAAAAUUGUUGUUGACCAUCAGUUUCUGGGGAGCCGUCCUCAGUGCACACUCACUGUAGGAGUCGACUGAAGAACUCGAUGCCUUGAGAGAAAAUAUGAAGGAGCCCUGAGUACAUUUUGUGUUGUGACAAACUUAAUUUCCCCCCCAGACCCUUUAAUUCCUCACUGUGAUUGAAAGUAUUGAGCAUAGUUUUAUGGAAACCUAGAAGCUCAUAGACCAACGGUGUGACUUCUGCAAACUUCCCUUUGUGUUUUGUUUUGUUUUUUCAUUCAUUCUUGUGGUUAAGUAUUUGGACCUUUUUUGUUUUCUCCAUGUUAAUAUUUAAAGCAACUUCUAAAUAAAUUAAUUGAUAUAAAUAAACAAACAGACAAAACAGCUGAGCGGUUCAAUUGCUGCGUGAUUCUUGUAGAGAAACGGGAAUAUGUCUGGAGAUACAGGUUUGGGCAUUGUAAAGAGAAGCUGAUAUGAUUAGUUUAUUUUCUCACUUAGGACAAAAGGACAAAAUCGUCCAAAACGCGACUGAUUGAUCACCCCGUUAGGUGGUUAUUUACCUGUCAAAUGUGCCUCUGAUGAAUUUGUGUGUAAAACGAACAGACUGUUCUCCAUGUCAUUGGUUUUUCUUUUGCCUCACAUGUCCACUGCUUUUUGUUUUCGAACCACUACUGCCCCGUUUGCUGUGUUUUUCAAAGGAUGACAGACGGUCCCACGACUGCGCUGUGUGUCUGUCUCAGACUGAUGUGGAUGUCGGAUCCACGUGUUUUUGUAUUUGCAAUUUGCAUGUUCUUAAUCCAUCAGACUUAUGUGUAUUCUGUUCUGUUUUUGUCUCCUACCAUUAAACAAAUGUUGUUAGGA